GGCUGUCAUACUAGCAUCCGUGCCUCCAAUGUACACAAAGUCCAGAAGUUUCUAAGCCGCCUUCUUUUCUAGGAAAAGAAGCACAUUUCCAACUUUUGGGAAAGAAGUGUGUCUCAUCGAUCAUUCGAUGUGUCCUGUCCCCAGCCCUGUUCAUCGAGAGCCCACCUGCUGUGAGUGCCAGGCCAAAUUUGGGGGCUACCUGCCAGUGCCCAGGGCUAAGGCAGCACUACCUUACUGGGUCCCUCUCUCCUUGAGACCCCAAAAUCAGAUCCAAAAGAUGGUCCAGUCUUAUAUUCCCAAAACCGCCAAGGCAUGCCCCUGCCCAUGCCACCGCUUUGGGGGCCACCUCCCGAUGCCUAGGGAUCAGGCCGUGAUGCCCUACUGGGUGCCCCAGGUCCUGAGGUCUCACAAGAAGGUGGUGAAAAGGCAGCAGAAUUUUAAAGGCGUCCCAGAAGCCCCUCUGGAUGUGCGCUCCGGGUACAACUGCUGGCGGAUCUGUGGUGAAGGGCGCCAUCUCCUGAAGUGGCAGCAGCUCCAGGCUCUUCACCAGGCUGGGCCAGUGGCCUCAGGGCAGCCAGAAAGCCCCCCAGCCUCCCUCCUGCCCCUCAACCUCAGCCUCCUGACACUCCUCCAUGCCCUGCUGAGGGUCAUGGAGGCCAUCCGCCAGCUUUUUUGGGUAUGAAGUUGGAAUCAACGGCUACUGUCAAGAACAUCAACAAAAAUGUCCAUCCUCCUCAAGGUCUUUAACAAAAGCCAUCAAAUCAGGGAGAGUCUGUGAUAGUCGCUGUUCUCUCAGUCAAUGCAAGUUAUUUAUCAUCAGGUGAUUUUUAGUUGUAGUGGAGUUGCUGUGAAUGUGGGUGAGAUUCCAUUAUGAAU